GUCGCCAAUCGCCAGUUCGCCGUGAGCGUUCGUGUGGUGAGGACGUUCUGUAUACCUGUCGAUGAACGGGAAGCAACUUCAGUCCUGCCUGUGACGAGACAGAGAACGGAAGGUUGCAACGCGUACAGUUGCUUCACUCGAUCCCGAGUACUUCUGACGGGAUAGUACCUAGAGCUUGCAACCGGACCGCGAGAGCAUUCGGUGCAAUUUUGUCGAUCGCGCCGCAACCGACAAACGGGCGGCGAUUUAACUCCCGAACACGAGGACGUGACGUGUGCAAGGGUCUACCGCUCGGUGAAACUUCACUUGUUUUUCUCGUCCAUAUUCGUGAGUGAACAGUCGGCUCGAGCGAAGCGUUUCGUAUAUUGAUACAAGUUGGAAAUUUAUUUGACGAGGUGCGUUUCAUCUUUUCGAUCGGGAUGACGCAAAGAUCGGACGGUCCAGCUGAUCGUUCCGUCUCACCGGCUUGAUGGACUUUGCCGAGUUGCUGCGUUGAGAGCGCGCUUAUCAUAUCGUGACGCGAGGACAAAAGAGACGAGGAAAGACGGUAAAAGCUGAGAGGAGGUGCGUGAGGUACAGAGGAGAAAUAGACGAAGAGAUUGAUAAAAAGGUGAGACAGGUGAGAAAGACACGAACAAGACGGAACGUACUUUUUCCGGUCAAAUAUUUGACCGUAUUCCUCCGGCUGUUUUGGACGCGCGCGGAGUUGUUUUAAUUUCGCGCGGCGCCGACACCUGCGGCAACAACUAACUGCGCGCGGGCUUUUAUCGCGGAACUUUUGUGGCGCCGCCGUGUGGUGUGGUGUGCGCGGGGGGUGAGCUUAAAGUUCGCGAACGCAAGGUGGGACAGAGUGCGACCGCGCGCGCGCGUGCGGCGUAAGAAAGGCAGAGAGAGAGAGAGAGAGAGAGAGAGAGAGAGAGACAGCGUGACAGAGUAAGUGAGAAAGAAAAGGCGAGAAAGACAGAAAGACAGAAAACACGACACUACGGAAAAGUUUACUGGAACGACGUACUCUGUUCGUUCCUGCUUCUGGAGGUACACCUCGUUCCCUACGUACUUGGCGUAACAGGAGGAGGAUCGUUCUACGCGUCGCAGGAAGUCGUCAGAAGCGAAGAAAGAAGACAAAAGAGGAAACGACAAAAACGACGUGGGACGGGAGGACAAGAAAGAUAGAAGGAGUGAAAGAAAAGGAGACAGAGUAACGCACCGCGUGCACUCAUCGCCAACCUCCCCCCUUCUUCCUUUGUGUUUCUCGUGAUCGUCGCCGUGCCUUUAGGUGGACGCCUAUGGGUCGUCAGUAGAGGAGAAAAAUAGAGAGAAGAGGGAAGGGGGCCUACAAAGUAGAAGGAAGAGAAGAGAUAGGGGGAGUAGGGACAGGAGACACACAGAGAAGGAAAAGGAUCGCAGGAGACAGACAGUCCGGACAGGCCGCGGAUAAACCGACGACGAGGUGAAUAUUUCCCGCUCCGAAGGGGAGCAGAGAGGACACUCCGGCGAACUGAAUAUGUCUGCGAAGCGAAAGUCCACUGCCAUCAUGCAGCACCAUAAGGAGAACAUCUCGACCCCGGAGCCCGCCGACAUAUCCGAGGACGAUCACUACCCGAUGGCAGGUGCGCUUAUGAAGGACCCGGACAAGUUGAAGCUGAUGCUGCUUGCGUGGAAUUAUAAUCUGCAACAGCAGGCUCAUGUUCAGGCUCAGGUCCAGGCCGCCAGCGCCGCCCUAUCGCCAAAUAAUUCCUCGACCACUACGACCACCACCGUCGGCACACCUGUCACCAGCCAAUCGGCCAUUUCCACAGCAAACAACACCAUUAAUAAUUCUACACUUACAGAUUCGAGGAACGGUUCCACGGAAUUGGUGGACAUGCCGUCUGGAACAGUACCGAACUUGAGUGCCGUCGCGGGCGUCCCUACAGAGGACAUGGCGACUUUGUGGUACGCCAUGGGUUUCAAGAAGACACCACCGCCGGCCUCGGCGGCGACACCCUCAAGAUCGGAUCGUGAUCGAGAAUCAAGUCCACCCGGUGGCGAAGGGGCGGGAAGCGCCCACGACGAGACCAGCAGUAGCGGCAACAAGGAGGACGAGGACGACGACGACGAGGAUGCUGAUGAGAGGUUGGACCCGAGACACCAUGACCCAGAACGUCUCAAGGCUUUUAAUAUGUUCGUGAGGCUGUUUGUCGACGAGAACCUGGACCGCAUAGUGCCAAUAUCGAAGCAGCCGAAGGAGAAGAUUCAGGCGAUCAUCGAUAGUUGCAUGAGGCAGUUUCCUGAAUUUGCUGAGAGGGCGAGGAAGAGGAUCCGAACGUACCUGAAGAGUUGUCGAAGGAACAAGCGAGGAAGGGAGGGCGCUCCUUGGGACACACAAAGGCCUACGCCGGCACACUUAACGUCGGCACAGGCGGAACAGAUUUUAGCAUUCGCCUGCGAAAACGAGAGCGAGAACGCCAAGCGUAUGAGAAUCGGUCUCGAACCUGUGUCGCAGCCGAUGCCAACCUUACCUGCAGCGACGCAAACGGAUGUCCGAUCAAAUAUGGACCACUUCUCGAGCACGCCGGUGAAAUCACUUCCGGUCAAGAGGGAGGAUACACCACCGGCAUCGCUAACGUCUCUGGCACCGCUAACCAGUUUGGCGAGCCUGCCGAGCGCCACCCUCUCCUCCACCCCACUGUCGCUCGCGUCCGCAUCCAAGUUACUCACGCCGACGGACAACAAGGGUCUCAUGAGCCAAACGACGAUAGUCAGCUCGUCGGCGGUGAAUGGUGUCGCCAGCGGCGGUGCGCCGACCGCGAUGUACAGACCGAACUUCAGCCAGGCCUUCCAACGCGCCGGACCCACAACGGUACCGCCGACCCUCUCCGCCGGGCUGUACCCGACUCAAAGUUUCACAUCGGGCCUACUGAGCAACGGUACACAAAGACCAACGGAUCUCAGUAUGAAGAAUACCAAACCGCUACUGAGUCACAAGUUAAAUGCUACGGAGAUGACGGCCGUGAAGCAACUUAUCACCGGGUAUCGGGAAUCCGCGGCCUUUUUGCUCAGGUCGGCCGACGAACUGGAGCAAUUGCUGCUGCAGCAGCCAUAGAGCUACAUUUACGUCGCCGGCUCUUCGCAACUGGGUUCGUCGUAGGCACAACGACCAACUGGAGAGACUACUUGACAUACGUACGAUCAUUCACGAUCGCUACUGUUAGGGAGGAAGCAACCAGCCGACGACGGAUUCGCAGGCGGUGUUU